AUACAUUCCUAAUUUGAAGACGUAACCCUAGAAGGGUAGAAUCAAGUACAGAAAAAUCUCGUCUUUUUUUCCGGUGAUUGAUUUCAUUUGACAAAGCAACAAAAUCAGCAUGGCGUGGAAAGGAGCACUCCGGCAAUUAGCUUCGAGCUCAGCGAAAUCCGCCGGAAGGAAUUCUUCAGGGCGGAUCACUAUUUUCCACAGAGGCGGCGGAGCGAAGCGGCUGCAGCGAACGAUAGAUCUGAAUCGAAGCACCGCCGCCAUGGGAAUUGUGGAGAGGAUCGAGUACGAUCCCAAUCGUUCUUCUCGAAUCGCUCUAGUGCGAUGGGAAGGUGGGAUCCACCACAAAAGGAAAGGCUUCAAAGAGGAACCGGAUUUUCCGGCGAGGCUCGAAUCCACCACCACCACCGCCACCAUCCGCGGCGGUCCGUUUGCCUUCUCUUCACUGCCCACCAACCGAUCGCCGCCUUCUGAUUGGUCAAAGAAAACUACCGUGAAAGACGUUUUAACCUCUGCAUUUUCCUCUCCAAAGGCUAAGGGAGAGUCAUUCGGUAAUUUCCCGAGGAUAGCGGUGGCGGGGGCGAAGGCCCCUUUCUUCGUUUUCCGGAAGAGAGAGGAAAUCAUGAGAGAGAAAGACAGAGGAGAAAACACCACCGGCACAUUCUCUCUUAGUGAGAUCCAAAAGUGGAGAUCAGAUAGCACUGUAUGGGCACAUAGGAUGAAGCGGCAAGCAGCGCUCUCUUGGCCGAGUUUUGUUAAACGGGAAGAGAUUUUAGCGAACCAAUCGAAGAAGAAGCCGAUUACAGAUAAAGCCUUACAGAGCAAACCCGAUCGGGCAAACGUCACUUAUAUAAUAGCCAGUCAUCAAAUGGAAGCGGGCAAGAUGGUGAUGAAUUGGUCUAAACCUUCUGAGUAGCCACUCAUUACAAGAACAAUCGAAUCCAAUUUGGUAGUAAUCUUAUUAUUCUACUUGGUUUAAUUCAAGUUUUGUGGGAAUGAUUAAUUGGAUUACGAUGUGUGUGAAUUCUGUUUUGUUUUCUUCGCACGGAAAUCUUAAAGAGGUUUAAUGUUUUUCUGUUAGACAUAAUUUUUGUUUCUUUUUUAUCUUGACAUAUGCGUGUUCGGUUGCGAUUCAGUAGAAUGUCCGAUUGGGCGAUUAUUUCUUAUGCAAAAGGGCUGCUUCCUGCUUAUUUUGCUGAUCGAUACACGCAUGCAUGGAUAUUGUAAGAAUUUCACAACGAAUCACGAGUUUGAGUCGUAUGAAUAAAGAACAUGUUCGUUGUAUAUGUAACCAUGUUCUUGAUGUUCUUUUAUGUGAAUCCUUCGCUCUAUUUUUUGUUUUUAAAUAUAUAAAAGGUUCUUG